CGGCUGUGGUUCGGCAAUAGCAGCGGCCGUUAGCUGUAGCUGCUGCUCGGAGCGGAUCUCAUCUCCCGGAUUCUCUGAGCGGCUCCCCGGUCCCCACUGCCCUCUGGAUCCGCCUAAAGCCGCUCCUCUGUCGGUUCCGAGCCGCCAGCCGAGCGCUAACGCGGGGCUUUGUCGGGCUUCAGGUCCGGUCCUUCCAGUUAGCAUCGAGCCAUCAGCUAGCUUCCUGCCGAUGAAAACAUCGCGAGGAAAACUUCGCUGACAGGUGGAUCCAGGUUCCGGCUUGGUCUUGCUGGAACUGAAUCUGAGUCACCUUCACGAAGUGGACCAGAACCAUGCUGACCUAGGAACGGGUUUGGGAGCACCAGAGUCUUGCAGCGGCCGCCGCCAUGUCGGAGAACCAGGCCAACAACAACAACGUUCCUCUGAACAACAACAUGGGGCCCAACCGGAUCCGGAACCCCAACAUCAACCAGAACCCGCUCAUCAAUGUGCGCGACCGCCUCUUCCACGCCCUCUUCUUCAAGAUGGCCGUCACCUACGCCCGGCUCUUCCCGCCCUCCUUCAGGAGAGUCUUUGAGUUCUUCGUCCUGCUGAAGGCGCUCUUCGUCCUCUUCAUCCUCGCCUACAUCCACAUCGCUUUCUCCCGCUCCCCCAUCAACUGCCUGGAGGCGGUACGGGAUCGCUGGCCGCGCGAUGGCAUCCUGAGGGUGGAGAUCCAGAGGAACUCCAGUCGCGCCGCUGUCUUCCUGCAGCACUACGACUCCGCCGGCCUCCAGGGGGAGCUGCAGGCCGAGGAGCUGCAGGCCGAACCAGGAGGAGGCGCAGCAGUGGCCGGGAUCAGCCUGGGAGAGGAGGAGGAAGAGGACGACGAGAUGACGGUGUUUGAAAACAGCUCAGUGCAGUUUGAACUGGACAUUGAGCCCCGUCUCCAGCCGUCUGUGAUUGGAGGAGGCUCUAGAGGAGGAGCCAAUGACAGCCAGGACGUGUCGUUUAGCCCCGCCUCUAAAGGUAUGCAGCCGCUGCAGGACUCAGUGUCUGAGCUGGAGAUGAUGACCAGAGCAGUGUGGCCGCAGGACGAGUAUAUCGUGGAGUAUUCCCUGGAGUAUGGCUUCCUGCGGCUGUCGCAGAGCACCAGGCAGAGGCUCAACAUCCCCGUCAUGGUCGUCACUCUGGAUCCCACCAAGGACGAGUGCUUCGGAGACGGUUUCAGUCGCUUCCUGCUGGAUGAGUUCCUGGGCUACGACGACAUCCUGAUGUCGAGCGUCAAGGCGCUUGCUGAGAACGAAGAGAACAAAGGCUUCCUGAGGAACGUGGUGUCUGGAGAACAUUACCGCUUUGUCAGCAUGUGGAUGGCCAGAACGUCGUACCUGGCUGCCUUCGUCAUCAUGGUCAUAUUUACGCUGUCGGUGUCGAUGCUGCUCAGAUACUCCCACCACCAGAUCUUCGUCUUCAUCGUGGAUCUGCUGCAGAUGCUGGAGAUGAACAUGACCAUCGCUUUCCCAGCAGCCCCUCUGCUCACCGUCAUCCUGGCCCUGGUUGGCAUGGAGGCCAUAAUGUCCGAGUUUUUCAACGACACCACCACGGCUUUCUACAUCAUCCUGAUCGUCUGGCUGGCCGACCAAUACGAUGCCAUCUGCUGCCACACCAACACCAGCAAACGCCACUGGCUGCGGUUCUUCUACCUGUACCACUUCGCCUUCUACGCCUACCACUACCGCUUCAACGGUCAGUACAGCAGCCUGGCUCUAGUCACUUCCUGGCUCUUCAUCCAGCACUCGAUGAUCUACUUCUUCCACCACUACGAGCUUCCUGCAAUCCUGCAGCAGAUCCGGAUCCAGGAGAUGCUGCUCCAGAACCAGCAGGCGGGUCAGAACCAGACGGCUCUGCAGGACAACCUCAACAACAACAACGCCGCCGCCGCCGGGCCGGAACCCGCUGGGACUGGUCAGUCAGCAGACAGCACCGUUGAGUCGCCGCCAGCCGAGCCGCUCCCAUCAUCCAAUGUGGCGGUUGGCGGAACCGGCGAGGUCAGAGCGGAGCUUAACUGGGUCGCUCAGACCGCCGCUGUCAUCACAGAGGCGCUGGGCUCUUCCGUUGACUCGGGAGGAAGUCAGGGAUCGGCGGAGAUCAAUGUUGAGUUCUGGAUGGGUGGGGCAGCAGGUGAAGCUCCUGAUGGCUCAUUGGAGGAUAAAGCUCCAGGGGGCGGAGCUGAAGCCUCACCUGGUGAUAGCAGGCGCCAGGGGGCGGAGCCUUCUGAAAGCCUUGCCCUUCACACAGACUGCCCCGCUCCUCAGAGCUCAAGUACAGACAGCGAGUCACCUGGGCAACAGAGCUCCGCCCCCCUCGGCACGUCGUGAGCGUCCAGGUGAGCUGAUGACAUCACGGCACCACCUGAAGGCUAUGGACCGUCAGCUGAUCACUGGGCUGCACUUUACUCCAAUUAAUCAAUUAAUUAAUUAACUGAUCCAUCAAUUAACCAAUGAAUGAGCUGAUCUGAGGGUAGCCCCGCCCCCAGUCGACGCUCAGCAGGGUGACCUUCUUCGAGGUGUGACCAAUAGGUGAACUGAGGUUCUGACCCUUCUGGACACCCACAGCUCUGACCCGGUUCUGCUGAGGGAUGAUUGACUCAUCAGGUUCUGGUUCUGACCCGUUCUGUUGGACUGAAACCCAGAUGGAACUCUAAUUCUGCUUUUAUUUUGUAGAACACCGAUUGGCUGUUGCUGAUUAAGCUCCGCCUCUUUGAGGGCGUGUCCUAUGUUUACGUAUUCAGGCUGCAUGAGUUCACCUGUUCAGAACCAGAACCUCAUCACCUCCAUGUUCUGAUUGUGACAUUGAAGGCGGGGCCUCGUGGUGGGCGGGGCCUGGGUGGUUUCUUCUUGAUGCUCCUGCUGGUCGACUGGAGUGUUAGGAACCAGUGGAACCAGUGGAACAGGUGAGGCCUCCUGCAGACGGAUCAGACUCACCUGAAGGUCAAAAAUAAAGAGUUGUGGAACCA